AAAUUUGGCUUCAUUCCAUCAUUGCCGGACAAACAAUCGCCUAUGUGAAUAUUAUGCAACAAAGUUUUGGGCAAUGACGCUAUGAAACAUCUAAACUGCAAGUUCGUCUGAGAAGGUGCCACCCUGAUAAAACAGAGAAAGAGUUGAAAUACUUUCAAACACUUAAAGAUAAAUUUCAGAAGAGACCUACACUGGACAGAAUGUUCGCUUCGACGUCACAAAGAAAUGAUGAUGGUUUGCGGGCGUCUUACAAUAUCUCGUUACUUAUAGCGAAAUCCGGAAAACCGCAUACUAUCGGAGAUAAGUUAAUUUUGCCAGCCGUUGAAGAGGUUUUAAAAACUGUUUUACACAAACCAGCAUCUGAUAUCAUUAAAAGAAUUCCCUUAAGCAACAAUAAUGUUGAAAGACGUAUUGAUGAAAUGAGUUCUGAUAUUGAAGUUUCUUAUUCAACUUUACCUGAUAAUGCAGCAUUAUUAUUGGCAUAUGUUCGUUUUAUUAUGAAUCAAGAAAUCUACGAAGAACUGCUCUUCGCAAGAACUUUGAUAACCGACACUAAAGGUGAAUCAAUAUUUCAUGUUUUGAAUGAUUACUUCAUUGAAAAAGCAAUUCCUUUAUCAAAUAUAAUAUCAGUAGCUACAGAUGGAGCACCUGCCAUGGUUGGACGUUAUCGUGAAUUUAUAAGCUAUUUAAAACAAAAUGUGUCAGGGGUGUUAGCAAUGCAUUGCGUCAUCCAUCGACAACAUUUAGUUGCUAAAUAUUUGAGUGUUAGAUUACAUGAAUCACGUCAUUUAGUCAUUGAUGCAGUAAACCGAAUCCGAAGCAACGCGUUGAAUACGCGGUUAUUUGCGCAGUUGUAUGAAGAAAAUGACGAACACUUUCAUCAAUUACUCCUUCAUACUGAAGUACGCUGUCUGUCGAAAGGCUUAUGUUUGACAAGAUUUUUUGCACUUUUUGAGACUAUUUUAGAAUUUCUGGAUACUAAAGAUAAAAUUUUAAAAGAAAAUUUAAUGAAGAGGAAAACAGACAUCGCCUAUUUAACAGAUUUGUUUACAAAAUUUAAGAUGGCUAAUUUCCAAUUACAAGGCGACAGUUUAAAUUUGACUAAAACAAAGUCCAUCUUAUCAGUGUUUCUUGCCAGAGUUAAACUAAUGAAGCAAAAUAUUGGACGGGGCGAAUUUCUCAGUUCCCCAAUUUGUCACAGACAAGCUGCCAAGAAGACGACGUUUCAACUUACGUUCAACAUUUAA